AUGACAAGUGAUAAAAAAGACAAAGAGGGGGAAACGGAUGAAAGGGGGAACGAAGAGGAUGGGGGAAGGGUCAACACAGAUAAGGGGAAACCCAAAAUGAUAAAUACAAAAAGGAUAGCAAAAAUUCGCGCAGAUCAACGAGAUAAGAGGGGGUACCUCAUUGAGAAUGGUAAAAGUAAAAAAGGCAAAAAUGACUUUGCUUCUUCCAUGAACAGUAACAAAACAUAUGGUAGAGAAGAACAGGAGAGUGCCUUAUUUAAUAGCAUCCUAUUCAUGAAUUUGUCGAAUGAGCAAAUCAGAAUAGUACAAGUACCGUUGAACGUUAACUUAUGCAUAAUCGCAUGCCCAGGGUCAGGUAAAACCUCCACAUUAACAGCACGUAUUAUUAGAAGCAUUAUAGAAAGGAAAAAAUCAAUAGUCUGCAUUACGUUUACAAAUUAUGCUGCAAAUGAUUUAAAAGAUAAAAUAAUAAAAAAGGUUAACUGCUUAAUAGAUAUGUGUAUGAGUAGUGAUGUACAUUGUAAACUGCUAAACAAUGACAAGGAUGUAUAUUGGAAAAAAAGGUAUAGCAUGAACAAGCAAAAUCAUCAUAAAGGUAAAUUUAAAGUGUUGCAGUCUAUGAUGUUUAUAGGUACAAUUCACUCCUUUUGUAGAUAUUUACUUUUUAAAUAUAAAGGUAGCUUUAAAAUUUUAUCUGACUUUGUUCAUACAAAUAUAAUAAAAUUAGCUUUUAAUCAUUUCUACUCUGUUAUAAGGAAAAAAAGAAGUACACAAGGGGGUAAAUGCGAACAAGGUGUACCUGGUGGUGUAAAUACAACCAACUACGGUUCAUUCGAUAUGAAUAAUUUUUUUAACUGCAUGCAGAAGCAUUUUACAACAAAGGAGAAAAACGAAAUAGAGGAUGAAGAAAUGCAGCCAGGGAAGGAAGUAGAAGGGGAAGAAGAUAGUGGAGGGGAAAACGAUAUUGAUGCCUUAUCUGAAGAAAGGGAAGAGUUUUACAACUAUCUGUACAAUUUCAAAGAGUCUAAUGACGAUAUGGACUUUUUUGAAAAAGAAGAAGUGGCAAGUAUUUUAAAAAAAAAGCAUAUUCUAUUUUUAAAAAAAAAAAUUAAAUUAAUAAAAUAUAUAGAGUUAUACAAUAUUAAUAUAGAAAUAAAUCAAGAAGAGAGAAUGAUAUAUGAACAGUAUAAACAAAUUUUGUAUAAUGCUAAACAUGUAUAUUACGAUUUUGAUGAUUUAUUGAUAGAAGUAUAUCGAUUAAUGAAGGAUGAUGUACAUGCAAGAAAUAAAAUUUUAGAUGAAUGGAAAUAUGUUUUUUGUGAUGAAUUUCAAGAUAUUAACACAACUCAGUUUAACAUACUCCAGUUUUUUGCCAAUACUAAUCAUACUAAUAGUACUAAUCAUACUAAUAGUACUAAUCAUACUAAUAGUACUAAUCAUAGUAAUAGUACUAAUCAUACUAAUAGUACUAAUCACACUAAUAGUCCUAAUCAUAGCAAUAGUACUAAUCAUACUAAUAGUACUAAUCAUAGUAAUAAUUUCGAUUGUGUGUACUUAGCUAACAAAAAAAAAAAAAGAAUUACUGUGGAGGGAGAAUACAACUCGGAUAGCACACACAUGAAGGAGCAUUCUAAUAUGUUGGUGGCUAGAGAGAGUAGCAGGAUGACGGAUGAAAACGAUUCUAUGGGUGAACACAUGUUAAUUGUGAAAGAGAAAGAAGAAGGAAACUCAAAGAAGGAAGGCAUUAACGUAAUUACAUGCAUGCAGAGGGAAAAAAGUGAACACAUAACUGUGCACGGAAGUGGUGAAGUUGUGAGUGGGAAUAUCAAAGUGAUAGAUAGAAAUAGUAUUGCGACGAGUGGAAAUAGUAACUUUACGAAUGCAUAUGAUCAGCAGGAUAGAAGCCUUACCGUGAUAGGGGACGAUGACCAGGCCAUUUAUGCAUUUAGAGGAGCACAUAUAAAUGUUUUUAACAGAAUAUUAAAAGAGUGUAACUGUUUAUUAUAUAAAUUAGGAACAAACUUUAGAAGUACUAAAGAGAUAGUUAGGAUUUCAAGGAAUCUAAUAAUGCAUAAUGCACAUUGCAGAAUUGAAAAAGACUUGCAUACAAAUAACAUACAAGGACAAAGAGUGAAUUUCCAUGCUUUUAAAACGAAUAUUGAUCAGAUGGCUUAUAUUUUAGCACAAAUAAGUUUUUUAAAAAAAAAAUAUCAAUAUAAGUUCUCUGAUUUUGUUAUAUUAUCUCGAACGAAUAAAACUUUAAAGGAAACGCUUAGAGGGUUGAACAGUACUGAUGUUAAGAAAAGGGCUUUGAAAUAUUUUGUUGACAUGUGCAAGGGGGAGAGGGCAAAUCGCUCAAUGACUGGGGCGCGCGAGCAGGCAAAUGAUCUGAACAGAUGCAAAAAUGGAGGAAGUAAAAGCAGGAGUAGAGGCAGUGGUAGAAGCAGGAGUAGAAGUAGUAGCAGAAGCAGGAGUAGAAGUAGUGGCAGAAGCAGGAGUAGAAGUAGUGGCAGAAGCAGGAGUAGAAGUAGUGGUAGAAGCAGGAGUAGAAGUAGUGGUAGAAGCAGGAGUAGAAGUAGUGGUAGAAGCAGAACUAGACGCAGAACCGUACGCAGUGAACACAUUUCGAUGAACGGAGAAGAAGCUACCUGCAUAGACGAAAUAAAGUGGGACGAGGACGUAGACACUGAAAGCUUCCAUAUUCCACUGAAGGAGUUGAACAAAAAAAAAUUGUUUUUUGGUUCAAAAGAAAUAAUCGAAAUAAUAACUAUGUUAAGGUUUUUACUUAAUGUUGAUGAUAAUAUAAUAUUUAAGAAGACUUUCAAAAUUAUAAAAAAUGACAAAAUGGCAAAAUUGAUUGUUCGUAAGUUAACUAGUACUAAUAUUAUUCAAAUGAUAACAAAACAACAAAUACACAGGAAGAAAGAAAAAGAUAUAUCCUUAUUCUAUUGUGUUAAAAUGAUAACUGAUCUAUUUGUUCGUUCGAAGAGGAAUCAGUUGGACCAAGAGAACAUCCUCCUUUUGAGUGUCUUUUCCGAGAAGGAAAUAAAAAAUAUUGUCGAUUUUUUUUUUUGCAUAAAUUAUUUUAUCAAAUUUGCUUCUGAAAUUAACUCUGUGUACAAUUUGAUCAUUGAAAUGUUGAAAAAAACGAAUUUUAUAAAAAGAAUAAUGAUUAAAAUUGAAAAGAGAAAUAAUAAGCGAAACGCAAUAGACAAUUAUGCUUUUCAGCGGAAAACAUCCGAAGAGAGGGAGGUACUGAUAGGUGGAAGCUUAGCGACUAUUUUUGGAAAUAGUGCAUCAACAAGUCUACACUCUAAUACACAGCAUUGCCUGCACGCUAACAAACAGAAUUACAAUUAUGAUGCAACCUUAUCUAACAACAUUUCGAGCACAGGGAAAAAGGCAGAAAAGGAGAAUCUUCCAUUAAAUGGAGAGGGAAAAGCAGAUAUAGGGAAGAGUGCAUCAAAGGAAGAGAUGAGUGUUGAGACAAAAAAAAUGCUAAAGGGUGCAACGAAGGAAGAGAUAUACAAUGAAACAAAAAAAAAGUCAAAUGAUGAAGAGCAAGAAGACAUAUGCAACGUGAACAGUAUAAAUGAACUUAAAAUAAAGAAUGACCUUAGAAAUUUAUUUGAUGUGGGAGAUGCAGAUAUAAACAACAGUGAAAUACAAAACAUAUUUAUUUUAUUAGAAAUGACCAUACCAUAUAAACCUAGUCUACUAAAGCAGACAUGUUCAGACUGUUUAGGAUGUUUUUUAAACGAUUUUAAAAAUAAUAUUCAUGAGAAAAUGCUAAUAGAAAAGGUUACCGUAACUACUGUUCACAAAUCGAAAGGACUGGAAUGGAAAGUUGUCUUUAUCAUAAACGUCAUUGAAGGUGAAAUACCUCAACUAGUUGAAAACACACAGGAGAUAAUAGAGGAGAGGAAAAUAUUCUAUGUAGGCAUUACGCGCGCUAAGUAUUUGCUCUAUUUGCUCUGCUACUUGCAAAACGCGAAUAGCUCGGAAAAAAAUACUGUAUCGAGGUUUAUCAGCCAAAUGGACAUUUGA